GCGUAGCCUUGCUGAGGUAUUUGUGCUGCAUCGCAUGCACCGAAAAGGUACGAGGGUUUCCCUAUCUUUCUUUCAGUUACUGACAUCUUCGAACAGAGGACGUCCUGGUCCAAGGGUAACGACGCAUGUCGUACUCCCUUGCCAGGAGCGCGCCGCCCCCAAUUGCCUCGGCAUGCCCACCGACCUCCCUCAAGCGCGAGAUGCUUGGGGGUGUCUGGUGAGCGAUUCGAUAAAGGUGGGUUACUGAACUGCCAACAAGCUUACGACAUGACCUGCUUGUCGUAUUGUUGACAGGUGUGGAGUGGUUGGAAGCUUGGAGUUGACGGUAGGAGGUGGUCUGUGCGGAGUGGAUAAGUCAAGUCAGCCCUACAUGCCACCCAACCCUCCUUUCUUUACAAGAACACAGUCUGACCUUCAAAGUGGACUACUCAGUGG